AAAGGCUUUUUUUGGAAUCCUAGUAGUGCCGGAGGAUUUUGCCCUAAGGGAUCUAACUACCAAUAGGAGGAAGAGGAGUGAGCCUAGGUGUGCGUGUGACGUUACAUACUCUGAGUACAGCAGUGGACAUCAGUAAGCUGCAGGAAAUAACGGCAACGGACGAACAUGCAACGGAUACCCCUUGGAUACUCGUGAGUGAGGGACUUCCCAGGACCGCCGCUUUUGCCAGUUUUCCGACAACGGAUCCUAAACCAACACAUACCGGCUGUGCCCCACAAAGGAUAAACUCCAGGCUAAUUGGAAUUAAUUGAAAACAAACCUAACAUGGAGGUCAGUAAAAAGCUUCUGAACUCUGUCCCUGGCUGUGUGGAUGAUGCCCUGAGAGGGCUCUCAAGUUGUUCUCCCGGGCUGCGUGUGCUGCAGGGGCACCGCGUGGUGCUUCGUGCUGACCUGGAGAAGGUAAAAGGCCGUGUGGCAUUGCUAUCUGGAGGUGGAUCAGGACAUGAGCCAGCACAUGCAGGAUAUGUUGGCCGUGGGAUGCUCACUGGAGCUAUUGCUGGUCCUGUUUUCACCUCUCCUCCUGUUGGAAGCAUUUUAGCAGCAAUCAGAGCUGUGGCUAAUGCUGGAGCAGUGGGGGUGCUGCUGAUCGUUAAGAACUAUACAGGAGACCGGUUAAAUUUUGGGCUGGCUCUUGAGCGGGCCCGUAGAGAGGGUGUGGACGUGGAGAUGGCUGUGAUUGGAGAUGACUGUGCAUUCACCUCACCCAGGAAAGCAGGACGGCGGGGGUUGUGUGGAACAGUUCUGAUCCAUAAGAUUGCUGGAGCCCUGGCAGAGGAAGGGAAACAUUUACAGGAGAUUCUACAUGCUGUGGAGUCAGCAGCCACCAAGAUUGGGACCCUGGGUGUCAGUCUAUCUUCGUGCAGUGUGCCUGGCUCUGGACCCACAUUUCAUCUUGCAGCUGAUGAGCUGGAACUUGGACUUGGAAUACACGGGGAGGCUGGUAUACGCAGAGACAAGAUGAUGUCUUCUGAUAAAGUUGUAAGUGUCAUGAUAGAUCACAUGACCAGCUCAUCCAACAAAUCAAGAGUGGACGUCAACUCAGGAGACUCAGUGAUCCUCGUUGUCAAUAACCUCGGCGGUCUGUCCUGCCUCGAGCUGCAAAUUGUGGCAGAUUCUGCUGUGCGUUGCUUGGAGGGCAAAGGACUGCAGAUAGAGCGAGCAAUGCUAGGGUCCUUCAUGACAGCUUUGGAGAUGAGCGGCGUCUCUCUCACUAUACUGAAGGCAUCAGAGGAGCUGCUGCGGCUCUUUGAUAGUGACACCGCUGCCCCAGCUUGGCCACGGUUGUCUUCUCUCCCUGUCACCGGCCAGACACACACCUUUCCAUCUGCUCCAGAAACCUCACAACCGGAGGACCUUGAACCAGAUGCUGCAGCUGUACAGCUUUAUAGCAAUGUACUUAGUCAUGUCUGUCGCACUGUCUUGGCAAUGCAAGAAGAGCUAAAUGAACUGGACCGUGCAGCUGGUGAUGGUGACUGUGGAAGCACACAUGCCCGGGCAGCACGUGCCAUUCAGGACUGGAUGAGUGAAGGGCAGAUUCCAUCACAUCCCGCAAGGUUGCUCACCGCUCUGUCACAUGUACUUCUGGAGAAGAUGGGAGGAACCUCAGGGGCGCUCUAUAGUCUUUUUCUGACGGCAGCUGCACAGCCCCUGCAAAAAGAAAAUGUGCCCCAUGCCUGGGCAGAUGCAAUGGAUGCUGGGAUAGAAGCCAUGCAAAGGUAUGGUGGAGCAGAGCCUGGAGACCGGACAAUGCUGGAUGCGCUGUGUGCUGCAGGACAUGGUCUUCAGUCUCUAAGCUCUGCACAAGGUGAUGCGCUGGAGAUUCUACGCUCAGCUGUUCAGAGUGCUUCGGAGGCUGCAGAGGACACGCGGCACAUGACUGCAGGAGCUGGGAGGGCCAGUUACAUUGGAUCUUCUGCUCUAAGUCAGCCAGAUCCUGGUGCCAAAGCAGUUGCUGCCAUCCUAAGAGCUGUGUGGGAGGCACUCAGUGGAAAGUGAGGGCAAAGCUUGAAACAGCACAUCUUAAUUUCAAGUUCUACAUACCCAGAAUGCAGCAACCCCUUACAGCUUCUCUGCUGCUCCCAGUAACCCUCUGUGAGAUGUUAGUUUCCCUGUAAGACGGCACAUACAUCAUUUACCAGCUAAGCUAAUUGUUUUCUCUGCAGUAUCCAGAUAUACUCUCCAGCUUGCUGAUAUACAGAACUAUUAACACCUUACAACAUGUUCCAUCACCCUCACAACAUGGGCUAAGAUUAUGUUGCAGCUGAAAAAGUCUUAUAAAAUCCAAGGGAUUUAUGAUGAAAAACUAACCCUGGCACAUUCCAUCCCCUCAUGUUUGUUAUAUUCCUAAAUAGAUGUCCAUAAAAUAUGUCAAUUGCUCUGUAUGGAGAUAAUAAUGUGUGUAAAGUUGGGAAAAUGGUGAAUUGGUUCUUCAUAAAAACAAUAGUGAUCCCAUGA